ACUUCCUGGUUUCAUCAACACACUUCCAUUCUGCAGAAUGAGGCCGUGCGUCGUGCUUCUCUUUGUCGUUUCUCUGCUGACUUUAUGUGAAGCACAAGGAACCAUUGAGACUCCUGUGUUUGUGCUGAAGGGACGUGAUCUGCUCCUGGAGCUUCAUGCUGAUCUUCCUGAGAAGUUUUCAUUUGUUGACUGGAAAAUCAAUAAAACAGUCGAUUUAGUAAGAAUCGAAUCUAGUGGGGAACCAAAUGUCUUUAAAGAUUUCACUGGAAGGCUUGAGUUUCCAGAUAAACACUUCUCUGUAAUAUUGAAGAAUCUACAAGAGGCCGACAGUGGAGUUUAUUCUGCUGAAGCAGUAACACCUACAGAAGACAAACCACUGACUGAAUACAAGGUCACAGUUCAAGGACCAGUGUCUCCAGUUAAACAGAUUGUGGACCGAGUGGACUCCAGCAUCUCAGAGUCAUGUGACCUCCAUGUGACCUGUAGGACUCACAACUCUCACAUCAACAGCACUUUCAGAUGUGUCGACCAGAACUGCAGUCAGGAGGGAGGAGAGCGACCAGAGGUCACGACCUCUGGGGCUUCUCUCCAGGUCUACCUGUUGAACAGCACCAUCAUCUGUAACCAUAGCAACCAGGUUAACUGGACCCAGGCCUUCAAUACGACUGAACAUUUUUGCUCCUCAAAUGCUUCUCCCUUUCACUAUGGCUGGGUUCCUGCUAUCUGCACUGUCACUCUCGUCAUAACUGCAGCUCUACAUGUCUAAGGAGAAGAAUCAGAAGUAACCUCAGCCCCUUCAGAAUAGGAGCCUCCCACGCAAUCCCCCCCCCCCCCGCUGGAUCGAGCCUCUACGCUACGAUGAUGAAGCCAGGUCCUCCAACGAUUCACAUCACAAUUGGAGAUAUUAGUAAUUACAUCUUUUACAUUUAAGAUCCACAUAUAAAAAGUAAUAAAUACGUUGACAUUGUUGUCCUGUACCUUUGGUACCUGGUUUAAUUCUUCAUGUCACCUUUCAUCUGAUCAUUUCCUAAAGAGAGGAUUUUCACUUUAGACUUUUAAGGCAUCACCUGAUUGGUGAGAUUUAUUUGAUGCAGGAUGCUUCUGUUAUAUAUUUUUAUUUCUUCUAGUUUUUUAGAUGAAAGGAAUCAAAUAUUUUUCAUUUGUGACAAAUAUGGGACACAACACAUUUUUUCCUAAAUGUUUUUCCAUAAUAUAUUUAGUCAUCAUUUAGUGUUCCAAAUGUCUUUAAUAUAAUAACGACACAUUCUUUGGUAAAAACCCAAACUACACCAGAGAGGACCACGUGACUUUUUAAUUACCUUUUAAUCACUGAAACACAAGACAAGUAUGAAGCUUUAACAAGUUCAAAGUUUCCACCCAAAACAAAACGUGCAGAACAGAAUUAUUUAUGCACUUUUAUACGGUGUAUUUUUUAGGUUAUUUGCUUACAUAAAGUGGGUCUUGAUUAUACCUUACACACAUAUAUGUAUUAUAUUUUUUUGUACAACAUCCACCAAAAACAUAUUUACAUGGUCAUUUCUUUUCAAUCAUUUUAUUUACAACGUGAAAACAGUGACAUUCUGUUUAAUCAAUGGAUGCUCAGUGUUUGUUAACAAUGUUAACAUUAAUUUUUUUCUUGCCGAAAUGCAUCUUUCAAUGUCUUUUCUUCACCAGAAAAUG